AUGGCGCAGCCUGGGCUUGGCCACCCCACGCCUCAGCCCCACGAGGCCGUGGGAUUGUCACCCCCCGUGGUGGGGACUGUCAUUUCUCAUGAUGGGGAUCGGGAGUCCCCCGCGAAGGGAACCGGGGUGACGGGUGGCUGCCGGGCGGUGGCACCGCCGGCGUGGGACCGAGAUGGGGACGCCCUGCACUCACCCCAACCCAGUGCCACCCGGUCUCCCGUCUCGCACCUUGGGGACACUGGUGUGUCCCCGGAGGUGGCCGCAACCGGGCAGUGUCACCCGGCACGUUCCCGCCGCAGCCCCCGCCCCACGGCCAAGGUCAGGACACCCGCCCGGGGUGCGGGGGGACGGCGGGUGACGGUCACCCCCCCCGGCACCCACCGGGCAGCGGGGAAGCCCCCUCUCCUCAUCUCCCUCGGGGGUGCGGCGGGGCCACGUCCCCUCCGACCCGCUCCCUGGGCGGGGGGGCGGCAGGUGCCAAGGGACCCCCACACCCCCGAGGGUGGGGAGGAAGGGGCUCCUCGGAGGGUCCCCCCUCCCCCCGGCGGCGGCAGCAUCCUCCUCAUCGUCCUCCUCCCCUCCGCGGAGCCCGGAGCGCGAUCGUACCUGCGGCGGGGGCUCAGCGCCGGGCGGGAAGCGGGGCGGGGUGCGGGGCUCGGCGGAGCGGGGCCCCCCGGGGCCGGUACCGGGGCCGGUGCGGGGCGGCCGGGCCGCUCCGCCACAUCCGCAGGGGCUGGGGGCGGGGGUGGCGGCGGCGGGGCUGGGCCCCCCCUGCCCGGUCCCGGGGGCGGCGGCGGGGCGGGGGCUCUGCCCGCCGUGAUUUAUGGCCGCCCCGCACCGAGCGGCCCGGCCCCGGCUGCGGGCGGCGCUGGGCGGGGGCGGGGGCGGCCCCUCCCCGCCCCCGCGGGGGGCACCGGGGGGCACCGAGCCCCGCCCCGGGGGGAGACCCGCCACCCCCCCGCACAAGGAGCGGCGCCGCCCGCCCGUCGCGUGACGUCACAGAGCGGGGCUGGCGUCACGCCUGGCGGGGGCCCCCGCAUGACGUCACCGGCGGGGGGGUUGUCCCGGGGCCGCGGCUCCUUCCGGCGGCAGGAUGUGGCGGGGCCGGCCCGGAUGCUGCAGCCUCGCCGGGGGGGUCCCUCCCCCGGGGCCCACGGAAAGCUGCAGUGUCCCCAGCAGCGCCGAUGUAAAAGGGAGGACACACGCGGGAAGAUGCGGUGUCCUCCCUACGAAAGGGAGGGAGCACUGUUCCAUGCGGACUUCUGGGGUGGAGAGGGAGCUGCCGUGUCCCCAACAGCCCCACAAAAGGUGGACGCGAGGGCCGCUGUGUCCCCAACAUCCCCGCCACAAGCAGGGGAGACACGGGAGGGCAGCACUGUCCUACGCGGAACCCAUGUGCCAGCCCCCCAGAAGUUCCCCAAAGCCCCUUGCCAGCCACAUGAACCUGUCACCCCCAAAACCGUGAACCCCCACCCAGAGGCCCCCCUGCCAGGGCACGUGAGUAAACCAAGCCUCCUGAGAGUUCCAGGCCCCUGCCAGCCCCCACAGCGCCCUGCCAGACCCCAGGCCCUCCCCAGAAGUUCCUCAAGUCCCCUGCCAGCUUUCAGAGCCACUCCAUCAGACCCAGAGCCCCCAUCAGACCCUCAAGGCCCCUGCCAGCCCCCAGCCCCCCCCACCCCCCCAUCUCAAGUCCCCAAGCUCCUCAUCAGCUCCCAGAACCCCUUGUUAGCCCCCAGAAUGCCUCUUCCAGCCAUGGGAUCUCCAUCACCCCCAACUCCCUGA